CUAAAUGACUAUAGUAUGAGGUGACUUGGACCAAUGAGGAAUCUGUAUAUUAUAUGUACUCUGCUAGCGUCCAAACAUGGUCCUCACAGAAAAGAGGGCAAAGAAAGAGGACCUCGAAAGAUGAACAAUUUAUUGGGAAUGCUACCACUGUGUAUUCUGAUUUUGUCUGUGAUAGCGUACCGAUUUCUUUCCAAAGAAAGCACCAUUCGAAUAGCAGCUCAACUUAACAACACUUAUGACUUCGUCAUAGUUGGUGCUGGAUCCGCUGGUUGUGUGCUAGCUAACCGACUGACAGAAAAUGGAAAGUUAUCCGUGCUAUUGUUAGAAGCGGGAGCAAAUGACUUGGGGAACUACAUUUUCGAUAUUCCCGGAUACACCGACAAAGCCGUUCGAACACACGCAGACUGGGGCUAUCACACAGAACCCCAAAAGCAUGCUUACAAGGCAUAUACCAAAGAGGUCAGUUACUGGCCAAGGGGGCGUACUUUAGGGGGGACAAGUACAGUCAAUAGUCUUGUGUAUCACCGAGGAGGACGUGGUGAUUAUGACAAAUGGGCGGAGCUUGGGGCUAAAGGGUGGGACUACGAUAGUGUGUUACCAUACUUUCUAAAAUCAGAGUCCUUCCAAUCACCAUCAUUUAGAAAUAGUAAAUACCACAAUACAAACGGACCAAUGAAAGUAACGGAAACAACAAUUACACCAAUAUCAGAGGUCUUUCUAAAUGGCGGAAAAGAGCUUGGCUAUAAAAUCCAUGAUUGUAACGGAGAUGAUGGUGACCAAGAAGGUUUUUGUAGACUACAGACUUUCAUUGGAGACGGGUUACGGUCCAGCACUGCCCGGAGCUUUCUACUGCCAGCCUCUGAUAGAGAAAAUUUACACAUAGCAACAAAUUCUCAUGUGACAAAGAUCCAUUUUGAAGGGAAAACGGCAAGAGGUGUUUCAUUUAUUCGAAAUGGUCUAAAAUUUACAAUUAACGUUAAAAAAGAGGUUAUUGUUUCUUCGGGGACAGUAGGGUCAGCACAACUACUGAUGUUGUCCGGAAUCGGACCCAAAGCAGAUCUAGAAAAAUUAAAAAUCCCUGUGGUGGCGGAUCUACCUGUUGGGAAGAACCUUCAGGACCACAUGAUGUUCCCCGUAAUGAUCCAAGUGAAUGAGUCCAUCAGCGGGUCGGACUGGGUCUAUGGCUGGUGGAGUCAAUUACAGUACUCACUAUUUAGGUCGGGGCCAUUAUCCGUGGCGGGCAUGCGCGAGGCAGCUGCGUAUUUCCGGACCAAGACAACUCCAGAAGACAUCUCACCAGAUGUACAAUACCAAUUACACAGUAUUGAUAUAAAGUACGAAAAGCGAUUCUCCUUCUUGGACUUCGCAAAACCAAAGGCCCUGACAGAGGGAAACGUUAUUGAAAAAGGGAAACUUUUCACUAUUGGGAUUAUGGCCCCACAACAUCCAAAAAGUGUCGGAGAGAUCCGCCUACGUUCUUCCGAUCCUUUUGACUUUCCAAUAAUUGAUCCGCAUUAUCUAGAGAAUCCAGAUGACGUCACAUGUUUCAUAAGAGGAAUUCGUAAACUCCAAGAUCUUGUUGCAACAAAAUCUUUCCAGUCGGUAGAAGCGAAAAUCGUGCAGAUAAAGCACGAGGAUUGUCGAUCGAAGGAUCAGGAUAGUGACGAACAUUGGGAGUGUCUCGUCCGUCACUACGCUCUAACAAACUACCAUCCCACCAGCACCUGUACAAUGGGCGCAUCUAAUGAUAAGUCAGCAGUGGUGGAUCCAAAUUUAAAAGUAAGGGGGAUGGCCGGACUACGAGUUGUUGACGCCUCCAUAAUGCCUUUUGUGCCCGCCUCUAACACCAAUGCUCCAGUCAUAAUGGUUGCAGAGAAAGCAGCAGAUAUUAUACUUAGUGCUUAUAAAGCAUAAAUUUACUAAUAAAUUUUAGCCCAUUUUUAUUAUAAAAUGCAAUCCU